AUGUCUGGCCACUGCCAUGACGAGCACGACCACUCAGGUCACGGUCACGAUCAUGCAGGACACGAUCAUUCUGAUGACAUAACCCCAGCUCUUCAAUAUUCGCUAUACCAACACAUCAACUUCGACGACAUCACCGCACUGAACGAAGCAGAAGUCGGUUCUGGAAAGGCUAUCGUCAAGAAAACAUGGGCGGAGAGAUUGGAGUCCGAACCCGAGCUUGUUAGCGAUGCUGAUGAGCAGCUUCUCAUCCACGUUCCCUUCACUGGCCAAGUAAAACUUCACUCAAUCUUGGUCCGGACUUCACCCUCUUCCUCCGCGCCCCAAACCCUCAAAGUUUUCAUCAACCGUGACGACCUCGACUUCUCGACCGCCUCAGACCUCUCCCCAAUCCAAGAAUUCAAGCUUUCGCAGACAUCUGAGGUACAAGAUAUUCAGGUCAAGAGAGCAUUGUUCGGGAAGGUGCAGAGCUUGACGUUGUUUGUGGAGGAUAAUUAUGGGGAGCAUGAGAGCAGGAUUAGCUAUCUGGGAUUUAAGGGAGAUUGGAUGCAGUUGGGAAGGGCUCCGACGAACAUCUUGUAUGAGGCCGCUGCGAAUCCGAGUGAUCAUGCCGUGAAAGGGACCUCGAUAAAUCAAAUGGGAAGUCAUCUUGGGGGAGGGCAUUGA